AGCCACUGCCUGAUCAAAGUCCUCCUCCGAGUCCCACCCCCGCCCCCUUCCUGGCUGUCCAGGUCGUAAUGCGAAAGGUGGGCGUCGGUCAGGAGGAACAGGCGCGGGAAGGAGAUUCCGCGGAGGGGGAGUUCUACCUCAGGAGGCGCUACUCGGACAGCUAUGGCGGAGAAGCCCUGCGUUUCCAUAGCAACAAACUAAACUGGAAGUGCCGGUGCUAGAGAGAGCUGGUAAACGGCGACCUGCCCGCUGCCGGCAUCACCUCGGCGGGGUUAUUUCAUCAUUGAAAAUUCCUUGAAUAAAUGAAUAGUAAACCACUCACCAUAUCCUUCAAUCAAAUGCCUGUUCCUGGGCCACCAUCUGCAUCCAAACCAGAGGGCAGAAAAAUGAAAGGUAGUUUAUCUCUGGUACCUGUCAGCAGUAGAAAUGCAGAGCUCCCUCAGCUAAGAAACAAAUCAACUAUGCUGGACCGUUCAGGGCCUCUUCCCACUUCCCUACAGUGUGAUUUCAUCCCAAAAGAGAUCCUCCUAGCUCUGACUUCUGCUGCCAGUAGUGCUUAUAGCCCUGAAUACUUAAGACCCCCCAAGAAAAACAAAAGUGCAAAAGACUUCAAGGGAAGCAUGCGUGUCCCAGAUGGGCUCUGGCAACAUCCCAUUCGCAGGAACAAGUUCAAAUAUCUCAUAGACCAUCCCAUCUGUCUGACAGGAGCUGGAAGGGAUGUCUCAUUUCUAUGUGACAUAGCUGGAAAAGAAGAUGGAAGAAAGAUGUCUCCAGCAAGCCCUUUAGCUGAACCACAUCGUUAUGAUUCAUCCACGACUAGUGCUACAAGUGUAGCAGAUAGCCUUGUCCCUGAAGAAUUUCACAUUGUGAAGAACAAAGGAGUCCUGGGCUUGGAGUAUUAUGAUGAUAAAUACACAACUCUACUUGAAGACAGUGAAAAUAGACUGCGGCUAUUCCCAUCCAUGAAACCAUCUGGGAGAUUAGAGGUCAUCCAGCUGAUGAAGGUGAUGGACACCAUGCUGGAGAAGGCUGGAGUAGAUGAUGAGCAAAUUGGGAUAACAGGACCUUCACAGUUGCACAAUGUAUUGGAGGUGCUGAAGACAGAGCAGAACAUUUACAACAUAGUGUUCCAUGAGCUGAUUCGACAGGUCAGUGUGGAUUGUGCAGAGAGAGGAGAACUGCUUUCUAAGCUUAGGCAGAGGUAUGUGAAUCUGCUGGAUCGAAUCCCCCAACGGAUGAGAAACCUUUACGAAGAAAUGAUGGCACAACGAGUAAUGGACAGGCACAUUACAGAAGAGUUAUACAACUUCAAGGAAUCUGUUGGACAGCUGACCAGUGAGCUAUGCGAGGUCCGAGAACAUGACUUCAGGGUGACGAGAGAAGCAGAACGGGCCCAUGAGGAGCUGGCUGAUGCAGUGCGGGACGCUGAGCUGAAUGCAAAUCUUGUGGGAGAAUAUCGUGAGUUGUAUGAGUUACAAAGAGCGAGGCUUGAGACCCAGCUGCUCCAGUUAACCCAAGAGAAAGAAAUCUGGAGCUCAGCUACAUAUGACCUGGCAAUGAAGGUGAUCGAAAGAAACCAGCUCACAUUGUCUCGCAAGCUCUAUGUUAGUGAAAAGGCAUGGACCAAAGUCAUCAAACACUUCAUAGUGCUUCUGGCAUCACAGGACACAGCAGACCUUUCCGAUUUGCAGGAGAUGACUGAGCAGUUCAGGGAGCUGUUGAACCGCAUUGGAGUUGAAGUGGAACAUGCUGAAAACUCCAGCAGGGAGAAGCUGCGAAUGGUUCAGAAUGGCCUCACCAAGUGGAUGCAGUACUUCCAGGACAAUGUUUUCCCCGUGGAUACUUCGCAGGCAGCAGAAAGAGGGGGUAACCAGCAGGCUGAAAUUCUGCAUGAAGAAGUUGAGCUAGAAGAGGAUAUGGUGCUCCCAACGGGGUCGCCCAGUGGGGCAGGCAGCCAGGAACUUUUUUCCACUUCAGAAAUGCUCAACAGGGAGAAGGAAGCAGAUGAGACUCUGGCACAGACCUUGAAGAACACACCACACAUCCUAGUGGACUGGCUUUGGCAGAUAAGAAAAAAACAUAGGUGUAGAAAAGAAGACAUGUUCUGGGAGGUGCUGCAGCACAAUGAGAGACAGACCAGGGAAUGGAAAGGGUGCUGGGAAGCCGAAAGGCAGGACAGAAAAGAGAAUGCUGCUUUUGCCAGCAGGAAAACAAGCUUCUCUAAUACGAAGGGAGAGGUAUUGGAGGAAAUCCUACAGGACUUCAAGAACUUGGAAAAGAUGUUGAAUGAGGACCUGGAGCAAUAUGGAGGGGAAGUUCUACUAAUGAAGAAGGAGACCCUCAAGACGGCUGCCAACCUGCAGAAACGUUGGACAGAGCUGGGACAAACAGUGCUUAGUCGUCACAAGGACAUUAAUGGGGUGUUGCCUCCAGAGCUCAGGGCCAUGGAAGAAAUAAAUGAACGUGCAAAUGAGCUUUGCCAGCAGUACAGCGUAAGAAUAAAUGGGGAGAAUGGGGUAACCAGGAUUUUGACAGGUUUAGUGAGCAGUAUGGAAGAUUGGACAUUCAAGAUGCUAACCAACAAGCGAGGAUCUGGCAUGCAUGAAUCUGAUUGGCUGAAAUUGUUUCGAGUGAUUCCUGAUUGGCUGACCCAGGUGGCUGCACUGAUGACAGUUAUAGGUUCCGGCCAGUCUCAUGAGGAUCGGAGCAAUAGAAAGCCUCAUGUCUCGGUCGUUUCAGGUGAUGUGUUUAAGAUGAUUCAACAAUGGAUCUUGACCACAACUUCUGGGGCUGAGAAGGACAACAUACAGCUCACACAGGAAAUGAUUGAUCUCCACAAAGCCCUGACCAUGUGGAUAGUGAAUUUGCUGACUUUGAUGGUACCUGACCACUCCUCCAAUAAGGGUCUCCUAGAGAAUGAGUCAGAAGCUGCUAAGGAUCAAGAGCUCAAGAGGCUAAGGGGCUAUAAACUAGAGGAAGAAGCUAUGAACCUGGUUCCAAAACUGAGCAGAUUCUCCAGCUAUGUAAUGAGCUGCUGCAAGGAGUUGGUAGAUGUUACAGUUCGGAAGAAACAAGCUGAAUUGGAUUCAGACUACAAUUAUGAGCUGCGGGAGCUGGAGAAAAUAAAGACCGAGUGCCUUGAUUGGAUUAAUACCUGCAAUCUCCUGCUUUCUGAAUUCAAAGGCUCUCCAGUCUCCUUACUGAGUUUAGAAGAGCAGAGGAACCUGUUUGGGCCUCAGGAGACCCAGCCACAGAUGCACUCAAUUGUUGUGGAUUCUUUACCUGAAGAAAUUUCUGAGACUUCUUCUGAACUUGGGAAAGACAAAACUGAAGAUGUUGAUGUUGAUAAGAAAUCUGAGAAAGGGAAAGAAGUGUUAGGGGAAAAGCUGAAGCCACCUGCACCAGAUGUCAGCAGUGAUGCCUCGACUGUAAGCAGUGAGGUAACUGAGGACACCAUCAGGUACCUAGGACAUGACUCCAACAUCCAUUUGAAAUCCCUCAAGUCAACAGCGGUGUCGGUCUCUGGGAGAGAGAUGACUGCCAGCAAGUCAACAACCCCGUAUUCUCAAAAGGAGUUUGAGACCUUGGCUUCACUAGAACGUCUGCAAGAGCAGCUCCUAGAAGCCGAGAUCCGUGCUCAGAAUGCAGAAGAGAGAUCAGAAAGCCUGGAUGAGCAUCUGGAAGAAGCUCUGGGGAGAAUCCAGGAUCUAGAGAAACAGCUGGAAAAAGCACUCAAAGCCCAGGAAGUAGCACCAAAACCAGAAGUCCCUUCCCAAGAAGAAUCCAAGACAACGUCUCAUAAGCCAUCUGCUGCUGCCCGGUCCAAGAAAGCCAGCAGACCCAAACAUUAAAGAGUAGCAAUGCCCAGUGAAGGUCGUUUGGUUCCCAUUUGUAGUAGACUUUCAGCAUAACACUGCCCAUCUCUGGGGCUCCAGAUACACUUUAAUUCCAAGUUCUUUAGUAUAGCAAAAUGACUGGAACACCCACUAAUGCACCCUCCCAAGGAGAGCUUUAGACAAAGCACUGGAGAGGAUCUUUUCUAGAUUUAUAAAUUAUCUGAAAACCCCACGCUGGGUAACUCAGUGUUUUAGUGUAGUUGCCAGUCAUAACUGGAGACUGGACUAAAACAGAACUUGUAGAAAUGGCUUUCAGGCCUUCUCAAUGUAGCUGUUAGUAGAGUCUUUAAGAGAUCAGGUCAUAAACUUAUCCCAGGCUAGCUGUACUGCCACAGCUGGAACUUUGGGAUAAAUUGUCCAGAUCUCAGAUCUAUUCAUAAGUGCUCAGCUUGUCAACAUAAAUCUUGGGAUGGUUUCUUCCAGGUAUGGAGACAGAGGGAGGCUCCUGGGCCAGGUCUUUCUCAGAGCGGGACACAGGAUACUUUCUAAGUACUUAGAGGGGAGGUUUCCAACUAAUUUAUACAAGCACAGUGUACAGAAAAAGAAAAAAAGUCCUGCUUAGUGUUGCUUGAGAAAUAAUUAAGGCAGCAGACUCAGAAUACCUCUUCUGAGAGCCAUCGUUUCCAUGGUUAUCAUCCUUUUACAAGAUGUCCAUGGCUUUUGAUACAUUGGGAUGUCUGUUAACGUGGGUGGUGAAUUGGAGAGGAACAGCUCUGCCAGUUUGAUUGAGACUCUUAAGGAAACAACCCACAGGACUGCCCAGAAGGGUUAUAGAGACAACACUGCCAGGACACAAAGAUGGAGCCCUGCUGACUAAUGGGGAGAGUCCUAAGCACUAAACCUCCAGGGCAGUGGUCCCCAACACGGUGCCCGUGGGUGCCAUGGCUCCCGCCGGGGCAUUUGUGUGUG